AUGGCAUUGAAAAGCAACUUGAAAGACCUGAAAGAAAUAAUUAAGGAUUUAGAGAAAGCUGACGAGGAUAAUCAAUUCACACUCAACUUUUUACGUGAUGAAAUAGGUAGCGAUGAUUUGGACAAUUUAAAAGAAUUAUUAGGAGGACGUAAACUUACCGAGAUAUUAGCCGAAUUAAGUGAUCGAAAACAAGAUGUUAUAAUCUUAAAUAAUCAUUUAAUAACAAAAGAAAAGGAAUUAUUAAAGUUAAAUUCACAAUUAAAAUAUUUAGAAGAAAAGGUAAAAGAGCGAGAAGAAGCUAUUAAUGUUUUAGAAGAAAGGAAUAAAGAAAUAGAAGUAAAGACCAACGAAAUUAUUAAGAUUGUAGACAACCAAACUACAACCAAGAAAGAAACUAUUAAAUAUUUGGAAGAAAAGUUUAGAGAACAUGAGAAAGAAGUCAAAAUGAUGCAAGAAAUUAUUAUUGAAUUAGGAGAAAUUGACUCAGAAGACCUUAUUGUAUUGUAUCUCCAAGGAUCAAUCACAUAUGGUACCUAUGGACUUCAUUUAG